AUGACCGAACCUGUGCUCCAGGGAUAUGCUUCGCGGACAGAGACAACCUUUGUGAUUUUGCCGCCGACUGAGAGAACGCCUAUCGUGACUAUCAACGGCACUGAACCAUCACCAUCAUAUGUUCCUGUUCAGGAAGACAGCGAAGACGAGGAUCUCGAAAUCCACGAAGACUUUCUUAGCAACACCCUCUUUUCUCGCCCCAUUGACGCUGUGCUGCAUGCCGUCUCGAAUGGCUCUGCGGAUUCCCUUUCGUCGCAUGCACCGGGGAACGAAUUUGCAGCGGAGCAAUUGUCCAACAUUAUAGAUCCAACUUCGGACGACUGCACAGUGUAUAUUCGAACCGCGGACCUCAGCAAAGUCGGCAUCCUCGAUGGAGACUGGGCUAUCGCCAGUAGCGCUUCUUCGUCAUUCUCGCGUCUGGUUCGAGUACGCGCCGACGACAAAUUGGUGAUGAAGCACGGUCAUAUUGUAUGUUCUCCCAUCCUACUUCGCAACGUCUUUUCAGACAUCUCUCCCUCGUCACCUCGCAUACACCUCCAAGCAACUCCUGGAGGACGCCUCCAACCUUUGAUACCUGUCGCGAAAUCCAUCACGAUUGCGCGCAUCGCAUCUCGAGUAUCUAUCAGUCGCGUGUAUCAGCAGCAGGUCCUUCAUGCUUUGAAGCGGUACUUUGAUGGCACAAAGCGACUCGUGAAACGGGGCGAUUUGUUGGCCCUUCAAAGUAGACCUACGCCCACAAACUCGUCUCAUCAAGCUGUUUUCUUCGUAGUCACCAACAUUGAUCAUGACACACUUGCAGACAACGGCAAUGAUCUUCCUGGUUCAAACAUUCAUAAAGGCUCUGUCGUAGGAGAGUUGGGUUGUUGGGUGGAUCCUCUUGUAACCCGGAUGAUUCAGUCUGGGGUUGAACACCUCAGGGUUCCGAAUGCCUUCCACCAGAUGCUUGCACUUGCCUCUGUGGCAUUCACGUCGCAAGCUUCGACGUAUGAUCUGCCGAUCUCGAUAUUGUUGAAGGGUGCACGAGGCAUUGGAAAGUUCACAACAUCAUCAUGGGUUGCUCAGAGCUUGGGAAUGCAUCUGUUUGAGGUGAACUGCUACGAAAUAUUCGGGGAGAGCGAUACGAAGACAGAGGGCAUCCUACGUGCCCGUUUCGAACAAGCUAUCUCGUGCUCUCCAUGCGUCCUAGUCAUUCGACACAUGGACGCCUUUGUGCAGUCUACGCAGCCCAUAGAGCCUGGGAAAGAGCCUGGGGUAGUGAGUGCUCUCAAAGAACUCAUCAAUGAUUUGUAUGGUGCUUGGCGUCUGUCCGGGUAUCCCGUCAUUGUCUUUGGCACCACAAGUGAAUCAACACGCGUUCCAGCAAGCGUCCUGUCUUGCUUCAAACAUGAGGUCACAUUCGAGGUCCCAGGAGAAAUGGAAAGAUUCGAUCUUUUGCAAUCGUUGCUUUCAUCCAGUCAUCUAGCUCCCGACGUAUCCAUCCCCAGCCUUGCAAGACAGACCGCAGCAUUGGUUGCUGCGGACCUGCAAGACCUUCUGAUCCGGGCCAGAACAGCGGCGUUUGCUCGUGCACAGAUUUCUACUAGAGCAGACAUUCACAGCGAAAUCGACUUGUUCUGCGCUGGUAUUUCUCUCGCUGCUGCGGACUUUGACGUCGCCCUCGGCGAAGCGAGAUCUUCACACUCCCAGAACAUCGGAGCCCCCACGAUUCCGAAUGUGUCCUGGGACGAUGUUGGUGGUCUAGCUCAAGUCAAGUCUGAGAUCCUAGACACGAUCCAGCUCCCUUUAGAGCAUCCAGAACUAUUUGGCCAAGAUCUCAAAAAGCGCUCCGGCAUCCUACUGUAUGGGCCACCGGGCACCGGAAAAACGCUCUUGGCAAAGGCAGUCGCAACAUCCUGCUCGCUCAACUUUUUUUCUGUUAAGGGGCCCGAGUUAUUAAACAUGUACAUCGGCGAGUCCGAGGCCAACGUGCGGCGAGUUUUCCAGCGCGCUAGGAACGCGCGCCCGUGCGUCAUCUUCUUUGACGAGCUCGACUCUGUCGCACCCAAGCGUGGGAACCACGGGGAUUCGGGUGGCGUUAUGGACCGAAUCGUGAGCCAGCUCUUGGCGGAGCUAGACGGCGUCGCGGCGGGCGAAGGCGGCGAUGUUUUUGUCAUCGGCGCGACGAACCGUCCAGAUUUGCUGGAUCCCGCACUCUUACGGCCAGGAAGAUUCGACCGGAUGCUGUACCUGGGGAUCAGCGACACUAAUGAGGCGCAAUUGAAAAUCAUACAAGCGUUGACUCGCAAGUUCCGCCUUGACCCCGAGCUUGAUCUCCGGGCCAUCGUGGAGAAAUGUCCUUUCAAUUUUACGGGAGCGGACUUUUACGCAUUAUGCUCAGAUGCGCUGCUCAAGGCGAUGUCUCGCAAGGCCGAAGGCAUCGAUCGCAUCCUCGUCGACCUAAACGCCGUACAUACACGCCGUUUCCCGAUCACGCCGCAAUACUACCUCGCCGAGAUGGCUUCGCCCGCCGAUAUCGAGGUCACCGUCUCACAGGAGGACUUCGACGCCGCAUUGCGCGAGCUGACGCCGAGCGUCAGCCAGUCUGAGAUGGACCAUUACGCCACCAUUCAACAGCGGUUCUCUCAGCCGGACUCCGAUGUCAAUGUGCUAGAUGCCAAAGAUAUAGACCAAGAAAUCACUUUAUCUGCGUAA